GCGAGCUGAUGCACUGACUUUCUAUUAACUGUACACACACAUCUGUACUAUCUUCAGUUUCUCCUCGUCUGGAUCUGUUCAGGAUGACACAUCUCAUCUGCAACGCCUGUCUCCUCUUGCCUGUUGCUUUACAUCUGCUGUUUUUCUCCAGUCCAUGUUCUGCUGCAGCGACCAGGAAGUGUAGCUCCAUCUAUAAAGGGUUCGCCCAGUGUCUGCUUGCUUUGGGGGACAGUCUCACUGUCAGCGCUCAAAGAGACGGGGACACGCAGGAGAUUGACUCCAUUUGCAAGUCUUGGGACGAUUUUCAUGACUGUGCAAAUGUGGCCAUGGCCGGCUGCCCUGAAGAAGCUGCUGCAGUGUGGGAGUCGCUGAGACAAGAGUCCAAAAAGAUGCAGUUUUCUGGAAACCUAUACGAGAUGUGCUCUAGUCGUAGCCAAUCCGCUUCUGAUUCCCAAAGCCCGGAUGAGACCAAUCAGGAGUCGCUAAAGGGACACGCUAGCCAUAGUUUGCCCUAUUUCAACCUUUUGACCCUUUUUUGUUUAUCUAUACUACUGUUGCCAUGGAUAUAAUUACAUGUUUCUUCUUUCUCAACAAGACUCACGUCACUGUUCAAAUGUACAGGACAUUGAAAAAACGUGACUUACAUGUUUCAUGAAUAAUUAUGUUUUUGGUUUCAAGUCAAACUCUUCUGAACAAAAGGAAAGUAAAUUCCACGCAGGGGACGCUUGGCAGAUGUAUUCAGAAGUUUUAGGUGCACAAUAUUACCCCGUUGUUUAAAUUUGUCAGUUCAGAUUAAAACCACACAUUCAUUUGAAGGCACAAUUUAAAUCUCAAAACAAAAAUAAAAAGGACCAGAAAAAAUACAGCAAGACAUUUGUCACUCAUCUGAGAACGAAUAAAUGAGUGCACUGCAGUACCAUCAGCCGUGAGUAACAAAGCAAUGUAAAGAGCCCUCAACAAAUGUCAUUAUCUCACUCUGUGCUGUAAUCUUCUUUUAUAGACCCCUGAGAGGAUUAUGUUUAAGGAUUACUACAAAUAAAAGUUAAUCUAAGCAAACCAACGCACCUACAGGCCGUUUUUGAGAAAAGGCUCAUCAGAGGUGUGUCUGAAUGCCUUCGGGUGACGGUUUAAACCUUAAUGACAGGUUCAUUGAUUAAGUUUAACAAAGAGCACAGUAUUGUGCUCCAAGGUGUUUUUGUACUUAUCAGAAUCAGCAUGGAACUGGUGUUCAUUUGAUGUUCCAUAAGUACAAUGUUUAUUAUUUUACACAUACACAUUCCAAAUCGCAACCUUUUUUUCAUUAAAUAUGUAUUUGUAAUGACACACAUUUACUAGCUUCAAAUCACUAAAUGAUGCUAAUAUACUGUAAAUAUGACCGAACGCUGUAAAGAAUAGCUUAUUUCAUAGAUCUAAAGGAGUAAAUAUAUAUAUAUAUAUAUAAACCAGAUUUAUUGUCAUUUAAGUGCGAUUUAAUGAGAGUUAGGAGCAUGAACUCAUUACCAUCUAAUGAGAGCAAAUUGAACGACUGAUGUCAUAAUAUGAGCGCACGUCACUUUUCUAAACACAACAUGUUAAGUAAACGUGCGGGUACAGAAGUUGUUCCCUAGAUCAGCUUUCAUUAUCUACACGCUCAACGCCGGCUCUGCUCGGCUCAGCGGAUUCUCAAGUCAAUGUGAUUUAUGUUUCAUUUUUAGAUUUAAUUGGCAAUCAAUCAUGUUUACCAAUGCAGUAAACUUGAUAGGGAGGGCAAAAGCCAUUUAUUUAGUCAAAGAAGGAAAGUAACUUUAAUGAGGGGGAAUUACCUUGUUAUUACUGUACGUCUCAAAAUCCUUUUUAUUUGGUAAUCAGAUAUUGUUUAUGAAUAUGUUUCAGACAGCUGUUGCUGACUCAUCAGAGGCAGUCUCGCAAUGUUCUGACAUGUGUUUUUAUGUGCUUAAAGUCUCACUAAUCUGUUGUCAAAGCCAAUGAAUGUAGAAGAAUCUUGUCAAAGUCUGUAUAACAUAGUAAGGGCUAAUGUGUACGGAUUAAAGUGUAUGUCAAUCCUUGCUAGAAUGCUUAUUAUUUAAGGCCUCCCUUAUCUUAAACACUUUGAUUAUAUAUGAACACGGUUAUAAUUUGCUUGAUAUGUGCAUUAUGUGAACCGCAUGUAUAAAAUGUUUUUUUUGUGUGUUUUCACAGAUUUUCCCAUAUAUUUGCUUAUUUUCACGCUGUAACUAGAACCAGUUACAAGAAAAUAUAAAGUCAAUUCAUUUCGCAAUGUC